ACGCAGGGAGGAGGAGGGCGGCUCGGCCAGCACUGCCCGCGGCGCCGCGCUCCCGCACGCUCCCGGCCGGGUGCAAAGGCCACAGGAGGUGUGCAUGGUCAUGGUGGUUGAACCUGCUGCUUGGGCAGAGGUGCUGUCAGUCCAGGGAGGAGGUGCUGGUUUCAUGGGAGUUGCUGAGGCAGCCCCCGCAGGUGCCAUGACUCAGCAGCCCCAGGAGGGCUUCGACAGGAGCGUGGAGGAUGCCCGGGAGUGGAUGAAGGCUGUGCAGGAGCGGCUGCAGGUCAAUGACAACACCCAGGGACCCCGCGCAGCCCUGGAGGCCAGACUUCGGGAGACCGAGAAAAUAUGCCAGCUGGAGCCGGAGGGCCGCGUGAAGGUGGACGUGGUGCUGCGGGCGGCCGAAGCCCUGCUGGCGCGCUGCCAUGAGGACCAGAAGCCCCGGAUCCUGGCCCGGCUGAGGGACGUCAAGGCCCAGUGGGAGGAGACGGUCACUUACAUGACCCACUGUCACAGCCGUAUCGAGUGGGUGUGGCUGCACUGGAGCGAGUACCUGCUGGCCCGGGACGAGUUCUACCGCUGGUUCCAGAAGAUGACGGUGGCGCUCGAGCCCCCCGUGGAGCUGCAGCUGGGCCUGAAGGAGAAACAGUGGCAGCUGAGCCACGCCCAGGUGCUGCUCCACAACGUGGACAACCAGGCUGUGCUCCUGGACCGGCUGCUGGAGGAGGCGGCCUCCCUGCUCAACAGGAUCGGGGACCCCAGUGUGGACGAAGAUGCCCAGAAGAGGAUGAAGGCUGAGUACGACGCAGUGAAGGCCAAAGCCCAGGACAGAGUGAACCUGCUGGAGCGGGUGACCCGGGAGCACGCGCAUUUCCAGGCGAGCGUGGACGAGUUCCAGCUGUGGCUGAAGGCAGUGGUGGAGAGGGUGAGCAGCUGCGUGGGGCACAAGAGCCAGCUGAGCACCAAGGACCGUCUCUCGGCGCUGCAGGACAUCGCCAGCGAUUUUCCCAGGGGUAAGGAGUCUUUGAAGAGGCUGGAGGAGCAGGCUGUGGGCGUCAUCCAGAACACCUCUCCUUUGGGUGCGGAGAAGAUCACCAGAGAACUGGAGGAGAUGCGGAACGUUCUGGAGAAGCUGCGUGUGCUCCAGGAGGAGGAGGAGGGGCGCCUGCAGGGUCUGCUCAAGUCCAACGGAGCCUAUGAGCAGCAGAGGAGGCAGCUGGAGGCCGAGCUGGCAGAGUUCAGGAAGGACCUUCAGAGGCUGGCAGAGGAGGACCUGGAGCCCGAGACCAAGGCCAGCACUGAGGACGAGCUGGUGGCCCGCUGGAGACUCUACUCGGUGAUGCGGGCGGCUCUGGCCGCGGAGGAGCCGAGGGUGGACAGGCUGCAGGCCCAGCUGAAGAAGCUCAUCGCUUUCCCCCAGGACCCACAGCCACUCUCGGACAGCGUGGUGGCCACCAUCCAGGAGUUCCAGAGGCUGAAGGCGAAGAGCAGCAGGCUAUGCAAUGCCGCGGAUGUGGAGCUGUGGCAGCGUCUCCAGCGGCCCCUGCAGGACCUGCAGCUGUGGAGGGCUCUGGCCCAGAGGCUCCUGGAUGUCACCGCCAGCCUGCCAGACCCGCCCUCCAUCCACACCUUCCUGCCGCAGAUUGAGGCGGCCCUGGCAGAAAGCUCCCGCCUGAAGGAGCAGCUGACGAUACUGCAGCUGAAGAAAGACCUGCUGGGCGGUGUCUUUGGCCAAGAGAGAGCCACGGCCCUCCUGGAGCAGGUGGCCACCUCCGUGAGGGACAGGGACUUGCUGCACAACCGUCUCCUUCAGAGGAAGAGCAAACUGCAGAGCUCGCUCGCUCAGCACAAAGAUUUCGGGGCGGCUUUUGAACCCCUGCAGAAAAAGCUCUUGGACCUCCGAAUCAGGAUCCAGGCCGAGAAUGGGCUUCAGCGGGAUCUUCCUGGAAAACAGGCCCAGCUUUCAAGGUUGCAGGGGCUGCAGGAGGAGGGGCUGGACCUGGGGGCGCAGGUGGAGGCCACGCGGUCUCUGAUCCAGGACAACCCCAACCACCAGCACAAAAUGGACCAGCUUUCUGCCGACUACCAGGCCCUGCACAGGUCCCUGGAGGACCUCGUGGACAGGUGCCAGCAGAGCGUACGGGAGCAUUGCACCUUCAGCCACCAGCUGCUGGAGCUGCGGCACUGGCUCGCCGUGCUCACUCAGAAGCUGGAGGCCCACCGGGGGUACCUGGGUCCGUGGGAUGCUCAGUCCCGAGAGGCUGAGGCCGAGAGACUGCUGGCCAAGCUCCCAGAGAAGGAGGCCCAGCUGCCCCUGAUCGAAGCCCUCGGGCGGCUGGUGAUGGAGAAGUCUUCUCCGGAGGGGGCCGCCAUGGUCCAGGAGGAGCUGGCGGAGCUGGCGGAGUCGUGGGGGGCCCUGAGGCUGCUGGAGGAAAGCCUGCUGAGCCUCAUCAGAAACCAGCAGCUGCAGAGGACGGAAGUGGAUUCAGGGAAGAAAAUGAUUUUCACCAACAACAUUCCAAAGACUGGGUUUCUCAUCACCCCCACGGAUCUCAUUUCCCGACAUCACCGUCGGGCACGUCCGCUGCUCCGGGAGGGAGAAGGCAGCCGCGAAGAUUUCUCCCAGCUCCUGAGGAACUUUGAGCUCUGGUUGCAGGUGGAAAAUUCCAAGCUGGUUAGAAUCAUCGCCAUGAAAGCUGCCACCGCCGAGGACUUGAGGACCAGAGAAACAAAGUUGCAGGAGCUGGAAGCUCGGGUCCCAGAAGGUCAGCAUCUCUUUGAAAACCUCCUUCGUCUUGGACCAGCGAGGGGGGCUUUGGAUGAGCUGGAGGAUUUGCGCUACCGGUGGAUGCUGUACAAGUCCAAACUCAAGGACUCCAGCCUCCUGCUGACGGGGAGUUCUCCAGGGGAGCCGACUGGAUUCCAAAAGACUCCACGGGGCGAGGGCUGGGCGCCUUCUGCCGGAAGGUGUGCUGCGUGGCGCUCCCCCUGCAGCUGCUGCUGCUGCUGCUGCUCCUGCUGCUCUUCCUGCUCCCUGUCGGGGAAGAGCACCGCAGCUGCUCGCUGGCCAACAACUUCGCCCGCUCCUUCAGGUUCAUGCUCCGCUACAACGGCCCCCCACCCACUUAGCCCCCCGGACCACGCGGGCCACAUUCUUCUCCAAACUUCCAUCAGCCCCGGGGCUCCUCCAGAGGAUGCGGGGGAAACUGGAAACAGGGCAAGCGGAGCCCGCGGAGCUGCAUCCAUGUAAAUACUGUAUCUGUGGUCUUCAGAAGAAUGUUACUUUUAUACAAUACCCUCUUAGUCUGUUUAUACUAAAUGUGUACCCUGUGUGAUGAGGGGGUAAGGCACAGAAUUUUUAUAUGCUCUGUGUGCACAUGCUCAGUCUGUAUAAUUUCAUAUAUGACCUCUAUUUGUCAUUGGGAAGAUUCCCAGCAGCGUACUUGUCCAGUGGGAUCUUGUAGCCUUUUGGCCUUGGUCUGCAGUCAGCCCUGGAAAGCAGGAGCAAUAACAUGUCGCUUUUACAGCCACCUCCUCCCACCCAAGAGGCAAGCUCCCCACCCAGAUGUUCUGGAAGAGGCCGCCGAGGUGUCAGCAUGGAAGAACAACACUGGCCCUCACUCAGAGCCCAGUAACUCUUGCUUUACGCACAGUGAGAACAGCCAUGCUCGUCUCGUCUUUAAAUUGACAAUGAAUUAGAUGCCGUGGAUUAGAGUGGAGAGGGUGCGGAUCCCGGGCAAGCUGAGUGACAGCAGUGAAAAGUGGCAUGUGAUAGGGCGAGGUUAGGGAGGAAAAGAACCCCAGAGCACCGCAGAACAUGGGGACAUCAAGUGCAAGGGGCCCGGAUAGCGUGGACCAGCGAUGAACAUCCAAGGUCGGUAUGCCGAGUCUUCAGGAAAUGGUUAGCUUGAGCUCCGUAUGUUGUUUGCCCUGUUCAGGGAGAAUGUGACAGAGAGAAAUCAUAUGGUUAAGAUUUUGAUCCCCAAGGGUAAGCAGUCCGUGCAGCACCCGCCUGACAUGCCCACCAAGAUGUGUCACCUCCGUUGCUCUUUGGCUGAGUUUUUUUUCAUCAUCUAAGACUCAGGUUGAAGGGACAGAGGGGAGCAUCUGCCGCAUCAGGGACCAGGGCUCGAGGGUCCAAGGCAGAGAGGAGAGGUCCGCCGUGGAGCUGAGCCUGUCUGUCCCUCCUCCUCCGGAAGGGACUUUGGAGAGAGGUGGGUCCUCUGGGCCAAGAAUGUCCCACCUGUGCACCUACAAGGGACCCAGGUCCCUGUUGACCGGGGUGUGGCAGUCAGGCCCACAGACCGCUUGCGCUUUGAGGCUGGAACUGUCUUCCUCCCCCCAGGGAAUUAGCAACGGUUCCUAAGUGCUUCAUAACUGGAUCUUAUUUUCCCCAAAUCGACACUAGUUUUCCUUUUUAAAAAAUGCUGGAGCUCUCCUUGUGGCUCUCAGUCGGUUAAGAACCUGACUAGUAUCCCUGAGGAUGCGGGUUCGAUCCCCGGCCUCACUCAGUGGAUUAAGGAACAGGUGUAGCGCUGCCAGGUGGGAGUGUCUACGUAUAUUUUUUAAACGUUGACAAUGAUGCCAUAGAGCUUGUUGGCAUCACUUUUUUUUUAAAAAAGAGAAUUGAUAUUUUCAUACUUUCAUGCAAAUACUGUUGCGACAUAACAACCACUGACGGUGCUUUUCAACUGUAAUCUCUUUUGCUUAACGUGGGUGCAGGCAGGUAUGAUUUUUAUGAUUUUCUAGCUUCCCGAGCGCCAACUGGAAGAGCUUUAAAGUGCCUUUUGAGAAAGGGGUCACAGAGGGACCUUGCUAUGUUUAUUUUUCCUCUGUGGCCCCAGAGCAGGGAAGGUGGUGAGACGUGUAACCAUUACUGCCCAGUCCCAGUCUAUGUCUAUGCAUGCGUGUGUGUGUGUGUGUGUGUGUGUGUGUGUGUGCGGGCCUCGGAGACAGAGGAAGGGAAAAGAGAGGA